GAUAUCGCGACCGCUCUUAUCACGGGCGCCCUCCAUCAAAUAGCCUCCUUCCGGCUGCCCCCCUUUGCCGGCGCGCCUCCCUCGACGAUCGAAACCGCACCCCCGUCUCUCUCUCUCUCUGGCGCGCGCGCGCGCACCUCUCGGAACAUUCUCAGAUUACCGCUCGCCUCGCGAUCCUAGAGCACCGACACUCGACUCGACAGCUCGCGCGCUCAACUCCACGCCCCAUCAAGGAUCGAAAAGGCAUAUACACACCCUGCACUCGCGCGCGCUCACGAGUUGCACGCGGUCCUCACGCCUCGCACCUUCGCCAUGUUCUCUGCCAGCGAUCUGUUCCUCUCUGCUCGAUCGAGCUUGGCCGAGCAGCUCUUCUCCGGCAGCACGGCGUACGGGAGCGCGCAUGAUGCUUCGCAAGCGCCAUCAGCGGAUCUCGGACAAGCUUGGAGGAACGGCACCUUGCUAGCCUUGCUGCUCGAUCCUCCAUUGCCCCCGCUCUUGGCUCCACUGCCCGGUCUCUGCAGGCUUACAGCUGCCCUCAUCCUUGCUCCCAUUGCCGUCAUUGGCAUGCUCGACUUUGCAUGGUAUGCCGUCUUUCGAACACUUGGCCUGACUAGACGACGAGUGCGCGUCGCGCAACACCAGACGAGACCUGGCAGCAUCUCUUUACCUCCUCGACAACCCGAAGCGGUACCUUUUCCAGGCGCUCACGCACACGCGAGCGCAUCACCAGGUCAGACCAAGGCACCCCUAUUGACUCCUGGGACGUACGACGCUGAAGCGCUGCUGCGACAUCGAGCACGCAGCGCAUCUGCAGCCAGCGCGGAUGCGGAAGAGGAAUGGGUGCGAACGGGAGGAAGCUUUGCGAGGGUGUCGUCGGUGAGAGCUGCUGCUGCCGCUGCCGCUGCCGCCGCAGCUGCGGCUGCUGCUACUACUCAGGAUGCUGCUGCUGCUUUGGACCAUGCCAAACGUGGCGCGGGAGGAGGGGAGAGGUUGAGCGGUGGCAGCGGGGCUUCGACGCCUUCGUUGGAUGCUUCAGCCAUCAGUCCACCCUUGUCUCCCAGCUAUCUGCGCUCCUACUUGGCAGGCCGAGCAAAUGGCGUGGGCGUGGAGGGAGCUAUGGGCUACUUUGAUACGGAUGCGGAAGAGAGCGGAACGGAGGCUGGGACGCCGGGUGGUAGCGGACGCAGUUCGCCGGUGAACACGUUUGGACGCGCUACGGGCGUCAAGGUGAGGAGAGCAGGCAGCGGGUUUGGAGGAGGUGCGCUCGGUUUCACACCCGUCAGCCCGGCUUGGAAGAAUGAACAGACGCUCGGCGCUGGCGCGUUGGAGGAUCAGGCUGCUGCUGGGCAAGGUCAAGCGGCGGGGGCGACGGCAGCGGCGCUCAGAGCGGCUGCUGAAGCCGAGGCUGCGAUCGCUGCUGCCGCCGAUUUGGACAUUUCCCCCACCCAGCAGCGUUAGUGUGUGCGCGCGCGCGCUGUCCAUCUUGCUCUUUGGUCACCCUUUGCACGCGAGCGCGAACGCCCCGCUCUCGUCCAUGUUUCAUUACUGUUUCUUCCUCUCUGUACGUGUCCUAUA